AAAUAAUAUUUUUUAAUUUUUUCAAAUUUCCCUUUUUUGUUUUGUUUCUCAAUUUGCGCCUAAAAUGCUGGCCACUAAAUCGAAACGCGCCGUGAAGCCGUCCAAGGGAAAGACCGCUGUGCCGCCCCAGUGGGAGGCACCGAUAGCCCCGCCCCGCCGCGUCAUCAUACCGCGUCCGGAUGUGCUGCACAAUUAUCUGGAUCACAAGCAGAUCUGUCAGUACAUGGAUUACCUGACCAAUCGGUAUCCGCACUUUGUGAGGACCUACACCCUGGGCCUGACCCACGAGCGACGCGAGGUUCGGGCCCUGGAGAUCAACUGGAUGAACUCGGCGAAUGUGGAGCUGUCGCCGCAGCUGCGCCAGCACUCGCCGCCGCCGGUGGAGAUGCUGCAGAACAGCAAGACCCCGUAUCCAGUCGUCGUCAAGGGUGACCAGUGCCGCAACACGAUCUUCAUCGAGGCCGGGACCCAUGCCCGCGAAUGGAUCGGCGUGACCACGGCCCUCAAUUGCAUCUACCAGCUGACGGAGCGGCACACGCGCAACAUCGAGGUGCUGCGCAAGCUGCGCUUCAUCGUUGUGCCGCUAGUGAAUCCCGAUGGCUAUGAGUACUCGCGCACCAAGAAUCCCAAUUGGCGCAAGAACCGGCGACCCCACAAGUCCACCAAAUUCGUGGGCACAGACUGCAAUCGCAACUACGACAUCUACUGGAACAGUGGCUCCAGCAAGGUGAACCGCAACACAUACAAGGGCGAACGGCCCUUCUCCGAGCCGGAGACGCGGGCCAUGCGCAACAUGCUGGACCGCCUGGGGCCGAAUCUGCUGUUCUUCCUCUCGCUCCACUCGUACGGCCAGAGCAUCAUGUACCCGUGGGGCUACAGUCGGGACCAGCCGCUCUUCUGGCGUGAGCUGAACUCCCUGGCCAAUUCGGGAAAGUGCGCCAUCAAGUCCUACAACGGACGCGAAUACCGCAUCGGCAGCAUAAGCUGUCUCACGAAGCGCACGAUCGCCGGCUCCGUGGUCGACUAUGUGUACGGGGUGCUGCGCGUGCCCAUGGCUCUGGUCAUGGAGCUGCCGUCGCGGGACCUCGGCUUCCAGCCACCCGUCGAGAUGGUCAGCCAGAUUGGCCACGAGAGCUGGUACGGCAUCCGGGAGAUGUGCAAGCGAGCCUACGAUCUGCGCCAUCAGAUCAAGCGCGAGACGGAGCCAUCGCUGCCAGCCCCAUCCAGGUACCAGGCAGGAGCCGGCGAUGGUGCCGAAGGCGAGGCUGCUGCCAUCGAUACCAAACCAGUACCGGCCAAGGAAGGCCAAGGCACUGCGGGCGGCGACAAUGCCGAGAAGAAGACCACGCCCAAGAAGACCAAGAAGCGAAUGAAGCGAUCGGUGCGUGCCCAGCACGAGGCCAUCGUUAAGCUGCAGAAGAAAACAACGGGCGGACCAGGCCUGCUCCGAGCCGGACUGUACCCCCGACAAAUGCCCAAAGUAGCUUCCGCUCCUCCAGUACGUACUCGUGGCGGCCAUGGCGAUGGACCCAUCCCACUGCUGACCAGCCGCAGCAAGCCCCCAGCCUCCUCCCGCAUGCCUCUGGGCGUCUUUCUGUAGAUUUUUGUUGUCUAAUUGUCCCCUGCGCUAGUUAAAAAAUUAAAUGUGUUGGCCAACGUCCACUGGGAUGGAUGGUUUGGUUUCCCAGGUUA